AUGCUCACACCCCGGCCCACACCCAGCCAGGAACCGUUCGCCAAGUUCGCCAAGACUUGCGACCUUGCCCAGCCGGCGUGUGGAAGAUGCCAGCGACUCAGGAUACCCUGCGUCGGCUGUGGGACGAAGCGCUUCAAGUUCAAGCAGGAAAGACCUGUCUCUCCUGCGUUCCGUGCCGAGCUACUUACUGCCUCUGGAUCUACAUCCCCGAUAUCGGCUGAUCGUCCCGCUCCCGCGGCAGCACUCGCGAUCAAGCUGGUUCCGAGUAACGAGCAUGGUCGGCGUAGAGGUGCCUUGGUCAGUAUUUUGAGCAUCUCGGACCUGCGAUAUGACAUAUCGAGCUGUGGCAACUUUCUCCAAGAGUUGCCCCAACGCAUGGGCCGAAACCCAGCUCUGGAUGCCUCGAUCGACGCCCUGGCCAAUGCGUAUACGGCUCUCCGCACACAGACCAAGUCGCCGGAAGUAUUUUCCGCUUACGCCAAUGCUCUAAGGUGUCUGAGAAUGGUCAUGGAAACUUCCGAGACGGCUCAGACACCGGAGACCCUCUGCGCCAUUUACCUCGUCAUGAUAUGUCAAGCCUGGAUCGGCAACCCCGACGACCAGUAUGUGGCCCAUUCGGAAGUGGUGGUGCAUGUGUUGAACUGCAUCGCAACGAAUAACUGGACGGGUAAAUUCGAAACACAGCUUUUCGUCACCUUGUGCAUGUCAAUUUUGCCGGAGAGCAUCUAUAACCCGAAGAUCAAUCUGGGACCCUGGUUCAAGAAAAUGGUCGACGAUUUCAUUCCGCACAAGACAACAUCCAUGAAGAACGGGGGCCCAGGCCCCGCUUUGAGUAUGCUCACCUUUGCCAGGCUCAUCGAGUUCGUACGGGAUUCCGGCGGCACCGGCGACGCUACGGAGAUUGAAGCGGCGUACGAGGGCAUCAUGCGCGAAGUGGCCCAGGCCCGGAAGACCCUCGUCCGACUAUUCCCCGACACGAGUGGGAAACUAAUCAGUGAGGGGGGCGGCCGCCCUAUCUUGCCGGCCACCACGGGUGGCGAGAGGGAGAGGGUGCAUAUGCUCUGUGUGGCGCAGCUGGCGAUGCUACUAGCCAUGGGGAUGCUGGUGAACAGUGUGCUUGGAGCCGUCGCCUUCGACAACCGCGAGCUGCAGGAGCAGGUGGCCGGGUUUCCAGACGAGCUGGUCGGCUUGGGAAGGGUCGUGGACCAGUACCGGCCUCUCGGAGCCGGGUUCAUCCCCGUCUGCUUGCUGGUCGGAUGCGUAUCGACCACCAACCAGGCGCACCUAGCCCAGAUGACCGAGGCGAUGAAGACGUACAGUUCUAGCCCGAUGCAGAUGAGCUGGGAGGUUUGGUCCACGGAGAUGAGGGGGUCAUUCCAGACCUUGAGUUGCGGAACAAAUAAAGACAGCGCCAAGAGGUCGCUGGUAGGGCUCGGAAAGCCCAUGGGUAACCCGUGGGUUACGUGA